CACAACCGGAAGCUCCACUGUGGGAUUGCCCGACCAAGACUUGGUAAAGUUUAUACUCUUUUCAAUAUUACCCUCUAAAAAUUAAAGAACGGCUGUCUGAAGGUAAGUUUUUGCAUCUGCCUGUGGAUUUCUGAGGGUAACCAGUGCGAUGGAGCCGUGACGUGUCAGUCAGAGGAGCAAUACGACCAGAUCAGACAUGACCGAGUGCUUCCUGCCGCCCAGCAGCAGCCCUGCAGAGCAGCGCCGGGCCGAUCACCCAGGAGGCGUGGCCCGGACCCCGAGCUCCGAGGAGAUCAGCCCAACCAAGUUCCCGGGCCUGUACCGCACCGGCGAGCCGUCGCCGCCUCACGAUGGACACCAUCACGAGCCGCCGGACCCGUACGUCUCAGAUGACGACAAGGAGCACAGCAAGAAGAAGAACAAGUUCAAGAAGAAGGAGAAGAGGACUGAGGGAUACGCCGCCUUCCAGGAGGACAGCUCGGCGGACGAAGCCGAGAGCCCCUCCAAGAUGAAGCGCUCCAAGGGAAUCCACGUGUUCAAGAAGCCCAGCUUCUCCAAGAAGAAGGAGAAGGAUUUCAAGGUGAAGGAGAAGGAGAAGGGCCCCAAGGAGGACAAGGCCAAGGAGAAGAAGUCCAAGGACCUGACGGCCGCCGACGUGGUCAAACAGUGGAAGGAGAAGAAGAAGAAGAAGAAGCCGGCCUCAGAGGCUGAGCCGGUCCCAGUGGAGACCCCCACCGUCAGACCCAUCUUUGGAGCGCCGCUGGCUGAGGCUGUGAAGAGGACAGCUCUUUACGACGGCAUCCAGCUGCCGGCCAUCUUCAGGGAAUGCAUAGACUACAUCGAGAACUACGGCAUGAAGUGUGAGGGCAUCUACAGGGUCUCAGGUAUGAAGUCCAAAGUGGAUGAGCUGAAAGCAGCCUAUGACCGGGAGGAGUGUCCCUGCCUGGAGGAGUACGACCCACAUACAGUGGCCAGCCUGCUGAAGCAGUACCUCCGGGAACUGCCGGAGAACCUGCUGGGCCGGGACCUGACCCAGCGUUUCGAGGAUGCCUGCAGCCGGCCGGCGGAGGCUGACAAGCUGGCGGAGUUCCACAAGCUGCUGGCCGAGGUGCCGGCGGACAGCCGCCUGCUGCUCUCCUGGCUCGUCACGCACAUGGACCACGUCAUCGCCAGGGAAACGGACACCAAGAUGAACAUCCAGAACAUCUCCAUCGUCCUGAACCCGACCAUUCAGAUUGGGAACCGUGUUCUCUACAUCUUCUUCACCCACGUGAAGGAGCUGUUUGGGGACGUUGUCCUGAAGCCGGUGGUGCGGCCGCUCCGCUGGUCCAACAUGGCGACCAUGCCCGCUCUGCCUGAGACCCAGGACAACAUCAAGGAGGAGAUUCGGCGGCAGGAGUUCCUGCUGAACUGCCUGCACAGAGACCUGCAGGCGGGCGUGAAGGACCUGUCCAAGGAGGAGCGGCUCUGGGAGGUCCAGAGAAUCCUGACGGCUCUCAAACGCAAACUGAGGGAGGCCAAGCGGCAGGAGUGUGAGAGUAAGAUAGCUCAAGAAAUCGCCAGUCUCUCAAAGGAGGACGUGUCCAAAGAGGAAAUGACCGAGAACGAAGAGGAAGUCAUCAACCUGCUUUUAGCACAGGAGAAUGAGAUCCUGACCGAACAAGAGGAGCUGAUCGCACUCGAACAAGUGCUGCGGAGGCAAAUUGCCACUGAGAAGGAAGAAAUCGAGAGGCUGAGGGCAGAAAUCGCAGACAUCCAGAGUCGGCAGCAGGGUCGCAGCGAGACGGAGGAGUAUUCCUCAGAAAGCGAAAGUGAGAGUGAAGAUGAGGAAGAGCUGCAGAUGAUACUGGAAGACCUGCAGAAACAAAACGAGGAACUAGAGAACAAAAACACCCAUCUGAACCAGGCCAUCCACGAGGAGCAGGAAGCCAUCCUGGAGCUCCGGGUCCAGCUCCGCCUGCUGCAGAGCCACAAGCAGCAGCAGCAGCAGGAGCUAACCGUCCCGCCGCCGGCCGAACAAGCUCCUCCCACUCAGCCGAGCCCAGGGGCCCGCAGCGAGGAACAAACCAAGCGCUCCGUCUCCACCGUGGCCGCCACUGGAGACGCACCCGCCCCGACCAACGGGAAGCCUCUGAAGGAUCCUUCAAAGCCGUCACCGAGCAAAGACAGACGAGACACCAACAUAAAACCUAGAAACAGAGAAGCAGCUGUCGCAGAUGACCGGAUACCUCUGUGGAAACUCCCAGGGACCAUUUCAUUUAAAUCUGCUGUGCCAAGCCCGUUUAAAGGAGGAUCAGAGGGUGACGAUGAUGGAUGUGAGAGAGAUUAGAGUUUAUUUUUCACCGAUAAUUAAAUCAAGAAAUUAUCACAAAAUGUAAGAUUGUUGCAAGUCCCUCAAAUUUGACAUCACUGACCACUGUGCCAUAACUCAAGUCGCCAGAGAACCACGAAUACGAGGACUUCUGAUCGGUCUUUCUGUAUAUUUUAAACUUCAGUAUCAUUCUAACAAUAUACAUACGCUGCAAAAACACAAAUCUUACGAAGUAUUUUGUCCUGUUUCUAGUGUAAAUAUCUUAGAACCUUUUAAAUAUGACAGAAUGAACUAACAAUUAGCUUUUCAGCAAGAUAUAGGAGCUUGUUUUAGGUUAAUAAUUAGUUGAUUUUUGACUUCUAUUGGUUGAUUAUUCCUCAGAUUUCAUAAUAAACAGGCACUGCGGUGUUACCCAUCAACCCGGUUCUAGUUCUACUGGCACAUUAUUUUACUGAUAACAUGGGAAAAAUGUCUUAGCAGUGAAAUAUUCGACCAGUGAAACUAGUACUUUAUUGUCAAUAUUAAGGAAUUAUUUACUUAAAACAACCUCAUAUAUCUUGCUGAGAUAAAUUACUCUUGUCUUAUUUCAAGUGUAUAAAGAUAUUUGUACUGAAAGCAAGACAAAAAUACUUUGUUUUCCUGUGUGUCAUGCUCAACAAAUGCCCUGAUUUCAUUUACAGCUUUUUAGUGACAUAUAUAGCUCUAUUGCUGGUUUUGGAAAUGAAAACUGGAGCAGAAAAACCUUGAUUCCAUCACAGCAAAAUGUAAACAAGUGCACUCACCGGAAACAUGGAGAUUUACGUUUAAUGUUGAUGUAGCACAUCUGUGGGUAUGUUUUAUGUGGGAUGUGUGAAAAAAACCACUGAAGGGUGUUAUAGGUUAUUUGUGCGGAGUUUAUUUUUAUUAUUAUUAUCAUUAAUAUAGUUGUGUUCCAUCAUUUCAUCACAGAUCCUUGACUCCUGGAAGGACUGUCAUCAUUCAAAUGCAAUUUAAAGCAAAGGCGUUGCCUUUAUUGUAAAUUAUAGCAAUGUAUUUUGAGCUCCUAUGUUCUCAUAUGUUGAUUUUUAUAUCAUUACAGAUUUGUAGAGAUAAUUAUAGUGUGGCUGCCCAUGCUUUCGUCUCAGGCUGGAUAUAACUGUAUUAAUCCUGUGACUGAAACCUACACAAGAGCUUCUCCUGGGGCUAUUUUCACAUUGUUUGGAGCUUUUGUACCAGACUGUUGCUGGCAGACUAAUGCUGUGAAGAAUAAAGUGUUGAUCUGAA